AUGCCGCCGCCCGGCGCGCGCGACGCCGCGCGGAGCCCGCGCGCAGGGCGCCACGGCGGGCACCACGACGGCGACGGGCGGCGCCACUGCGGACGCGACGGCGCGCCGCCGGGCGUUGCGGAGGCCCCGGCGGAGCCCGCCAGCGCCCUCGGCGGGCGACGCUCGUCGUGGGAGGGCUUCAGCGCCGCGGCGGGCUCGCGCGACGACGGGCGGGACCGCGGCGACUCUGUCGACGUGGGCGGCGGCCGCGACCGCCUGGACGACGGGCGGGGCGGCCGCGGCCAGCGGGAGCGCGACGACGCAGGAGGCGGGCGGGACCAGCGCGACCGCGACGACUGGGGCGGCCGCGACCGCCUGGACGACGGGCGCGGCGGCCGCGGCCAGCGGGAGCGCGACGACGCAGGCGGCAGGCGGGACCAGCGCGACCGCGACGACCGGGGCGGCCGCAACCGCCUGGACGGCGGGCGCGGCGGCCGCGGCCAGCGGGAGCGCGACGACGCAGGCGGCGGGCGGGACCAGCGCGACCGCGACGACUGGGGCGGCCGCGACCGCCUGGACGACGGGCGCGGCGGCCGCGGCCAGCGGGACCCCGUCGAAGGGUGGUACCGCCGCGAUCGUGACGAUCGGGGCGGCAAGGACCGCCGUGACGACGGGCGCGGCGGCCGCGGCCAGCGGGACCGCGACGAUGACUACGGCAGCCGCGACCGCCUGGACGACCGCUGCGAGCGGGAGUGGCAGGACUGCGGCGGCGCCAGAGGCAGGCGAGACCAGCAGGAUGCCGGCGGCCUCCGCGACGACAGGCGCUCGCCCGCUGGCGCCGUCGGUGCCGGGGCGGGCGCGCGCGGCGGCGGGCCACGCUCGCCGUGGGAGGGCCGCGGCGUCGGCGGGGGCAGUAACCUCGCGGCGUUGUGCAGCCCAGAUGGGCCCAGGGGCGGGCAGGACCUCGCCAGCACGCCGCCGCCCCGCGGGUGGGCCUCAGAUGCGAUGCCGCCUGCCCGGGCCGCGGGCCUGGCCCUGGGCGCGCGUCGCGCAGGCGCCUCGCCAGUCCGCGGCGCCUCGCCGCUGUCGGGUGCCAUGGGCUAUCGCUCUGCCAGCGAGGUGUCUCUGGGGGAGCCAGAUCCAGGCUCGCUGGUUUGGCAGGGGCCGCUGCUGCAGGAACGCCCUCGGGUGGUAGGCACCGCGGGCUUCCUUGCAGAGCUCGAGCAGGUGCUCAUGCUGGUCGAGCAGCAGUCGCUGCAGAUGGUGAGGGAGACGCAGGCGGACAUCGAGGAGGUUCAGCACGACGUGCUGACCCUGCUGGAGGGGCUGCAGGCGAUGCGCGCGGCCCGCGAGCUGUCCGAGGAGAAGAACCAGCGGCGGGAGCGCGCCAUUGAGGGCCGCCGGCAGGCCGUAGUCGCCGAGACAAUCGGGGCGCGGGAGGAGCUGGAGGCGAAGCUGCGCGAGCUGUGGCAGCACCAGGUUGGCGCGCUCCAGCAGGUGUACCACGACCAGCCCGCCGGCAUCCUCGGCGCCGAGGGCGUGCAGAGGGUGGGGCAGCAGGUGCGGCAGAUCCGAGAGGAGCUGGAGGCGGAGAGGCACGCCCGGCAGGGCCGCUCGGAGGGGCUGCUGUCGAGCCUGGAGGCGGAGCUCCGCGGGGCCCGGGAGGCCAUGCUGGCGCACAGCCGGCAGCGCUUCGAGACCGAGGCGAAGGGCGUGCAGCUGGCCGAGGACGUCCGCGCCGAGAUCCGGGAGCUGCUGCGUCACGAGGUCGCCGAGCGCGAGGCCGUCCAAGACAAGCUGCUGAGCCUGCUCGAGGCGCGUGGCCCGCUGCACGUCGCCAGCCGGCGGCCCUCGGCGGCCCUCGGGGGGGGGCUUCGGAAGCCCUGGGAGGCCCUGGGAGGCCCUCGGGGGCCUCCGUCGGCGUCGGUCGUUCGGUCUGUCGGGCGUCCCAGAUCCCAGAGGACGUCACCGCCCGCAGCGAGCACUACGCUCCGGCCCCAGAGGGCGCCGCCACCCGCGCCGACGGGACGCACGUGGAGGGGCGGACGCAGGCGAGGGGCCGCACGCCUGGGCAGACGCCGGCGUCCGAGGCUGGGGCUUACCCAGAUCUCUCCUCCCCUCGCAACAGUCGGCGGAGCACGCGGACCACCUUCUGCACGGAGCCCAUCAUGUUUUAUAGCAAGAAGAUGGGAAACUGUGCCCCAGCUUCGUAAUCGACAAGGAGUGCAAGCAACGAUAUCAAACCCUGCUGGACCUGUUCUCAAAAAAGGCAGGAGUCUGAGGCUGGUCUCUGCACGGGUGACGGCCUCUCGGUGGACGCGGAUCAGCACGGCCACGACGACGGCGGGGAUUCCUUCGACAGGGAGCAGCACGCGCUUCGGCGGAGCGAGCUCCUCCUCCGCCCUGGUGGGGAGCCUGUGCCUGCCGCCGUAGGUGCCGGCGCGGUCGCUGGGCACCGCGCCUCCCCUCCCUGGCGGGGCGCGCGUGCGCCAGCGCCGCGCUCGUCGUGCCACGUCUGUCGUCGCCAGAGGGGGGGGUGGUUGCGGGGGAGACAAGGCGAGCAUGCAUGGAAAAGGGCUGCAUUGCGGGAGGAAGCAACAAUCAUAGCCCGACGGCCCCUUAGGGGCACGGCUUCUUCGCUUUCAGCGCCAGCGAGUAGCUGGGGCCUUGGAGCGAGCGGAUUGGCGGAGGAA